CCUUGAUCCUAGGGUUGGGUUGCAACAUUGAUGUUUGAUAUGCAUUUAACUGUUAAAAGAAGAAUAUGUAUGUGUUACACUGUUUAUGAAUUUUAUAAACAUAUAAUAGAAUCAUAUGUGUCAGAUUACUAUGUAGAAAAUCACUGGAGUAAACUGCCGAAGAGCUGGCAGAAGUACUUGUAUAAUAUUUCUGUGGAUCAUGUUGCAGAAUUAUUAAAUUUUGAAAAACCUGUUACAAAAGGUGUUCUUCCAUUAUCAUUGUUAUGUGUACGUAAUAUAAUCAUUAACGUUGUUAUACCUAGGAAUAUUAGUACAAAUUCAUAUUGUGCAUUUAAAAAUGAGCAAUUUUUAAAGUAUUUUUGGAAAAAUGUUAAGUUAAAGAAGAGACAUGAAAUAGAAAAAAUUGCACCAAUUUGUUAUGAUGCUGGUAUGAAAACUAAUUGCUUUUACAUAGUCGAUAUUGGCUCUGGUUUAGGACAUUUAAGUAGAAUGUUGUCUUAUGGGUAUGGUUUUAAAGUUUGUACUUUUGAAGCAAAUUCUGUACUUUCCACCUUAGCUACAGAAUUAGACAGGAAGUUUGAGAAGGACCUAAUGUCAAAAUCGUUGAAUCAUAAAAGCACUUCACAAACCAUUCAUAUAAAUAAGAGAGUUGAGGAAAAUCUAGACUGGAAAACUUUUUUAAAAAUGGUGACGGAGGCUUUUAGUGAAAGUUGUGAAAGUUUCAGGUUUGGCAUUGUAGGACUUCAUCCGUGUGGAAAUUUGGGAUCGACACUUUUGCGACUAUAUAACAGUUGCCCAAAUAUAGUAUUCAUCAAUAUGGCAAGUUGUUGUUAUAUGAAAUUAACAUUAGAACCAGGAAGUAAUGGCUUUCCCUUAAGUAAUUAUUGUAAAAAUAACAAUUUUCAUCUCACUUAUUUGGCAUGUGAAAUCGCUUGUCAUGCAAUUGAAAAUUAUGUAGAAAAACUGCAAACUCAUGACGAUUAUUAUAAAUUAAAAAUACAUGCAUACAGAGCUCGGCUUGAAGAAAUAUUGGUUUCUAUAGACUCCAAUUUAAGACAUUCUGCAGUAUGUAAUGUUAAAUAUAACGAGGAUCUAUCUUUUGAAAAGUACUGUAAUAAAAUUGUUAGUAAACUUUCUGUUGUACCACCUAAUAAAUUAGUUUCUUCAUCUGAGGAACUAAUAAAUGAAACUUGGAAGAAUGUUGUUGUAUUUUAUUCAAUAAGGUUAUUAUUUGCACCACUCAUUGAGACCAUUAUAUUAUUUGAUAGAUUAUUAUAUACCGAAGAUUUUGAUAGUGAUUGCGAAAUUAUGCCAUUAUUCGAUAGUAUUAUAUCUCCAAGAAAUCAUGUUCUUUCAGCAAGAAAAAGAAAUGUCAUUUGAAUAAAAUUUUUAUUAA